AUGGCUCAGUUUCUGAAGGGAUACUGUGGCUGUUGUAAGGAGGUGGAGCUACCUGUGGAAGCAGUGGACUCUCUACAUCUGCAGCUGGAGGGGGCUCAGCUAACCUCACUCACUCCUCUCACUUCCCCUAACAGUGUGCGUGUUCGUGCAGUGGUGAUGACACGUGACGACUCUAGUGGCGGUUGGGUGCCCCUCGGAGGUGGCGGCCUCAGUCACGUGAUCAUCGGUAAGGGGCGGAGUCCCGAAGGCCAGGGUCGGAGAGAGUACGUCAUACGUGGAGAGCGGCUGCGCGAUCGAGCACCCGUGCUGGAAUGUGCCAUCCAGAAAGGUCUGGUCUACAAUAAGGUGAACCCCAUCUUCCAUCACUGGCGUGUGGAGGAAAGGAAGUUUGGUCUGACUUUCCAGAGUCCAGCCGAUGCCAUCUCUUUUGAGAGAGGGCUCCAAAGUGUCCUUGACAAGCUGGAGAGAGGUAAGAAAGAACACUCCAGAUUUCACUGGCCUGGUCUGAUUCACCUUCUUCCUCCACACCAGAAGAGGGCGACACUGAGGAUGACGGUCAAGCAUCUGUUUCAGUCCCACACAGGCAGUGAGUCGUCCUCCAACAGCAGGAAGGAGAUGCUGCCCAAACCCAUCACCAUAGUGACCAGUGAAUCGUCCUCCUCCUGCUUUGUGCGGUCGGCAGCAGAGGAUUUUGGGUAUGGGAUUGGACACCCCAUCACCACGCAGACCCCUGCUCAGAUCCACAUGCGACCCGCGCAGCACCAGCUCUCCCAAGGAACAGCCGUCUUGAAUCCCCCAGCGCCCCCACCGCCGCCCCCGGCUCCGCCCACUCCUCCCAUAGUGCCCCCCGCCUCCUCACCCCUCUCUCCCCUCUCUCCCACCAUCUCACUGCUGGAGGAGGGAGACCUCCGCAGCAUUGACCCCUGCAAGGACCUGUGGGGUUCCCGUGGUUACGAGGACUACAGGAGGGCGGCGGCCACGCGGACUAAAGUCGGGGGUCUUACGGGGGGCGUGGUGGUGGGUGGGCAGGACAAGUCGGAGUUGUGCGUAGUGCGUUUCGAGAAGGAGCUGGCUGGGGUGGGCACGGCCGGCUGCGAGGUCACCGUCAUGCUGGACGCCAAAGGUUCGGGACAGAGACACUCGUCAUCCUCGCCAGGCUGCAUGGCCAUGCCCAACGCUGUGCCCGGUGCGCCGUCUGCCGGCGGUUCCCCGCAGGAGACAGGCAAAGGGUCGCCUUCCCCCUGCUGCCUCCACACGUCGCUGGCCACGUCCCGCUCACGGACUCGCAAGAGAGGAGGGGGCGGGGACGCUAUCUCCCCCGACGACGACAGUCCUUGUCCCCAGGGCUCAUCCUCGUGCUCAUCGCGCUGUGUGUACUGCCGCUCUGUGUUCAGCGCCUCGGAGAACGGGCGCGGCCGCUGCAGGGACGCACCUGACCCUGCCCUGCACUGCCUGCGCCAGUGGACGUGCGUGUGGUGUGCCGAGAGCCUGCUCUACCACUGCAUGUCGGACUCGGAGGGCGAGUUCUGGGAGCCGUGCUCGUGCGAGGACUCGCUGGGGGGGCGGCCGCACCCGCUCUGCUGCGCCCGCUGGAUGGCGCUGUUGGCGCUCUCGCUGUUCGUGCCCUGCAUGUGCUGCUACCUGCCGCUGCGCGCCUGCCUGCGCUGUGGUGAGAGAUGCGGCUGCUGCGGGGGAAAGCACAAGGCUGUGCGGUGA